ACUCGUUGCCUUCUUUGGUUAGAUUGGUUAGGUUUAGGCAUGAAGCGUGAGAUCAGAACCAGAGCCAAUUAGAGGCAUAGUAGGGGCGGGUCUUAGCAGAAUGCGGGUGGGGCAAAAAAGGCACCACACCAACUUACACUCGGUGUAUCUACAUCAUUAAUCUUCCGUGUGAAAAUGAAACAGAAGAGAAGUUCCGACCCAGGCGGAGUUGAUUUUUUUUUUUUUUUUACAUUGAAGAGCAAUAUAGGAAUAGCGACUUUCAGCAUGUCAUCCACGUUACAAUACAUCACAUAUCGUUGCUACUGAAGUUCCCAAAAUAAUUGUUCAUGUUCAUGUUUUCAUGGUUUGGCUGCGCGAAAUACAAGGUGCACCAAGGAUUCCUUGACGGUACCAGGAAGUGAAGUGACGUUAGCUCGGUGGAAAAGUGACCCAUCAUCCAAAUAAAAGUUAGAGCUGAGUGACCAUGGACCACAGCUCCUACCUCCUGCAUCAGCUCCAGGAGCAGAGGAUUCAGGGGCUCCUCUGUGACUGCAUGCUGAUGGUCAAAGGUGUCUGCUUCAAAGCCCACAAAAACGUCCUGGCUGCUUUCAGCUCCUAUUUCAGGUCUUUAUUCCAAAACUCCCCUAGUCAGAAGAACGAUGUGUUCAACUUGGUUAUCCAGGAUGUCGGUGGUAUCGGCCAAAUUUUGGAUUACAUGUAUACCUCUCAUCUCGACAUCAACCAGGAUAAUGUACAAGCGCUCCUGGACAUCGCUCAGUGUUUGCAGGUUCCAAACGUCCUAAGUAUGUGUAAUACUUUUCUCAAGCCUUGUCCUCCACCAGUAGAAAUCCCGUCAUUUUCUCUCCCAGGCAUGCUGAAUUCAGAGCAUGACUGCCUCCUGGGAAGCAGUCUGCCUCAUGACGUUGACCUCCACUGUCCCUCUGAAACACAGAGGCCAGGCUUUAACAGUGAUGUGGACCACACCAAAAGGAUGCCCGUUUCUGUGCCUAAUAGCAGCUCAAACUGUGACACAGCUAGCAGCGCUCAGGCACCUGUAGAAAAACAGCUUGUCCAUGGCUACAAGCUCCGUAACUUUUAUAAUAGGCAGUACUUCAAACAAACUGCAAUUCAGACUAAUAGUGCUGCCACGAAUCAAGGCUCAGGCCCUCUGGUGGCGGUGGAGGAGCCGCAGUGUCAGCUUGGGGUCAGCCAGGGAGGUAACCAAACACCUGUAUGCUCAGGAAACUCGGUUCAGCCCAACCCUCCCUGCACAUCUUUGGCAGUUGAAAAGAACCCUGUCUCCUCUUUGACACCAUCAGAUAAUUUAAUCACUCCCAGCUCUGACCAAGCAGACUCCAUGCUCAACAAGCCAGUGCGCCCAAAGAAGACUGUGUACCUGAAGAAAUACAACUACCUACGGUCUCAGAAGGCUUUAGAGGAGAUGUGUGCUGAAUCAGUCAGUGAGCCCAUCCUUAGCUGUCCCAAAGAGAGUCACCAAGAAGAGUCAGUGAUCCAGACUGGGGCUCCAGAGGCUCCUGUUGAGGGCCUUACAACAGGCAGGGAGGAGGUUCCUGAGGUGGCAACAGAUGCACAAGUCCCCAGUUCCCCACCUGUGAACCAAGAGGAACAAGAUCUGAAGAUGGUGCCAGAGACACCACAGCAGACAGGACAUAAGCAAUAUUGUUGUGAGGUGUGUGGAAAGAUCUUCAAACACCCGAGCAACCUGGAGCUGCACAAGCGCUCACAUACUGGUGAGAAGCCUUUUCAGUGUAAUAUUUGUGGGAGAAACUUCUCACAGGCUGGAAAUUUACAGACACAUUUGCGGCGACAUUCUGGAGAGAAACCGUACAUCUGUGAGUUAUGCGGUAAAAGCUUUACAGCAUCAGGGGAUGUCCAUCGUCACAAAGUCGUCCACACAGGAGAAAAGCCACAUCUGUGUGAUAUCUGUGGUCGAGGAUUUAACAACUUGAGCAAUCUCAAGGAGCACAAGAGGACACACGCCACAGACAAGACCUUCACCUGUGACCAGUGUGGAAAGUCCUUCAACACACACAGGAAACUUCUGAAGCACAAGGCUCGCCAUGCUGGGGAAAAACCCCACAGCUGUGCCACUUGUGGGAAAUGCUUCAUUGGCUCAGGGGACCUGCAGCGUCACAUACGCUCUCACACUGGUGAGAAACCUUACCUCUGUAACGCCUGUGGCAAGAGCUUCACCCGCUCGGCCAUGUUGAGGAGACACAGCAACAUGCACUGCAAGGGGGUUCCAUCUGACAGCCCCGUCACAGACAACUCUGACCAGACGCGUAGCUCCGAUGGAGCUGCCUCGUUUCCCAAACCUGUCAGCCACAGUAAACUUCCUGCCACCACCAGUGAGCAGCCUUUUUCCACUAUGAUGCCUCACACAGGCCUAGAAAAGCCCUCACCACCUCCUCCUUCACCACCACAACCAUCACCACAUAUAGACACUCCACCUCCCAGCGUGCACCUCAGCCCAGCAUCUACCCCCAACUCCCUUCCAGAGCUGCGCUCCCUGGUGCCCCAUCACCUCCUCUCUUCCGCCCACCAGGAGAGAAGUGCAGCCCUGCCCGUCUCGGACCAUAUGAAGCUGACCAAACCCCACCUGUCUCAGGAAGUUGUGUAUGGUCCGUAUGUGGAGAAUGGAACUAUGGCGGUGGAGAUGAGCAGAGGUCUGGUGGGGAGGACUUACCUGCCACCUACAGACAAUCACUGUAGUUCCCUUACAGGGUCUAGCAGCAGGCCCAGUAGUGGCUCCUACAGGUCCAGUGAAGGCCAGUUCAUCUCCAGUGUAACUCUGUGGGGCCUGGCAAUGAAAACUCUGCAGAAUGAUAACGACAUGGAGCAAUAAAAUGCUGCCUCAUCUUCAAAUGAGCACAGCAUACCCUGACCUGAGGAUGUGCACUUUUCACUGAUGCUUACUCAGUAUACAUAUUGAUUCUGACAGUAACCACCUGAAUCUUAAUUUGGUUAAAAUUGACCCGUUAAUAAAACACACAAAAAUGGUAGCUCUUAUGACUAAGCUAACUUGAAAUAGUAGUAAUGCAAAUUAUUAAUAACUGAGAUUUAAUUUGGGUCAAAAUCAAAGUAAGUAUUUCCUAGUUUUUCUUCAGAAAUAAAAAAAUCAUAAAUGUUCUCAAAGAGGGAUGAAAACUUCUGUUGCACUGCUUUUUAAACUAAAAGUGAUGCUUUUCUGGCCACACCCCAGUCAGUGAUGUCACAGCCUUUGACAGCUGAUAGAAGAAACCUUCUGUGACAUCAGUGAUUAAGAUGUGGCCUGAAGUGCAGCAUGCUCGAAUGUUUAAACCCAUAGACAUCAGUGCAGCAGCAGUCUACUGCCCUCUGCAAUUCAGUGUGGACGUAUGCUAUAAGGUUCCUUCUUAAACACGAUCCAUGAUCCCAGGAUGCAUUGCAGCUCAUUACGGCUAAUAUAAAUGUCAGUUACACUCUUUCAGUUUGUAUAUACUGCACUGCACUUUAAAUUAUAGAAAAAGCAGACUUAUUUUGGACUAUCAGUGUCAAAUAAUGAUAUAUUCAUAUGAGAAUAUAAAGUGAACAUUCUAUUUCAUUUUUGUGUUAUUUAAUUAAAAAAAUAUCUGUUCAUCA